GAGCCACCAGCCGACUUCAUUUGCCCGAUCACGACCGAGGUCAUGAGCGACCCGGUGAUGGCGGCGGACGGGCAUGCUUACGAGCGGUCGGCGAUCGAGCGCUGGCUCGCGACCAAGUCGACGAGCCCGAUGACUGGCGGUGAGCUUGAGCAUAUGGGCCUCUCCCCGCACCACAUGCUGCGCCGGAUGAUCCGAGAGUGGCGAGCGGCGCAUCCGGCACGAUAG